AUGACACAAACAACACCAAAUGAGAAAAACGAAUCCUCACAACCAAGCGAAGGUGCAGAAAUGCUCGAACGAUUCUGGUCAGAAGUGCGUUCAGAGAUCGACUCUAUUAAUAUCACGACUUUUCGUGCUAGUGAGUUGCAAUUAGCACGUAUAAAGAAGAUCAUGAAAUUGGAUGAUGAUGUCAAAAUGAUCAGUGCGGAAGUUCCAAUACUUUUUGCAAAAGCCGCAAAGAUAUUCAUUCACGAGUUGACAUUACGUUCAUGGCUUCACACCGAAGAAAGUAAACGACGAACGUUACAGAGAAAUGACGUAGCUAUGGCGAUAACGAAAUAUGAACAGUUUGAUUUUCUGAUUGAUAUUGUGCCUCGUGGAGAGUCCAAGCCGCAUAAAAAACAUGAUAAUAACGCGGGUGAAGUACAAUACAUCGUUACACUUCCACAAACAAAUCAGCCAAGUGCUAUUCAAUUACCAAAUGGACAAAUUAUUCAAUUAUCUUCAUCGAUACCAUCACCAUUUGUCACUCUCGGUAAUCCCGGUCAGCAGUAUACAAUUCUAUCGCAGCCGAAUCAAAUCCAAUCACCAGCGCAAUAUAUACAGAUUGCUGCACCUCAAGUAGCUGAACAACAACAGACAACUACGCCUGCGAAAAAUGUUCAUGUGUCAACAAUACCUAAUGGAAUUCAAUCACAAGCACGACCUGCUACUUCCGCCCAUAUAACAAUAACCGCUGCACAGUUACAACAUAUUUUGAGUGCUUCACAAAAAAAUAAUGCCAAUAAUUCAACUACAGCAACAAAAACAGUACCUCAGAUUGACAAAUCGAAUCAAUCUUCCGAUGAAACGAACAAUGUCGAUAUAAAGCAACAGCCUGUUUAA